AUGGCAUCUAACAAUAUUAGAAGUCUACUUUCACAACAUCUUCUCAUGAUUAAUCUUUUCAGUCUUUUAUUCAUUUCAUUGCUUCACAAUGCCUUAGCCACCUCUUCUUAUUCCAACCAAACCUAUGGAGCUUACAUCAAAAAAGCUUGCAAUUCAACCACAUAUCCACAAGAAUGCUACAAGUCCCUCCUCCCCUAUGCCUUCAAAAUCAAAGCAAAUCCUCAAAAACUUCGCAAAGUCUCCCUCUCUGUAACCCUAAACGCCGUGCACAAUGCAUCAUCCAUGGUGUCAAAGCUAUUGAAACAAAAUGGCUUAACGCAUAUUGAAGCUGCAACCAUUAAGGACUGCAUUGUGAACAUCAAGGACUCUAUUGAUGAGCUCAAGCAAUCUCUGGGUGAAAUGAACCUUUUAAGCGGUUUGGAUAAGGAAUUCCACAUUGCCAACAUAAAGACAUGGUUGAGUGCUGCCUUAACAGAUGAAAAUACUUGCAUGGAUGGUUUUGAGGGUGAAGUCAUUGGCAUAAUAGUGAAGCAAAAGAUCACGAAUGUGGUAUUGAAAAUUGCUAGGCUGACUAGCAAUUCUUUGAGUCUCAUCAAUAGCCUCAAUUAA